ACGUCUCACUUUGCGCCUUUGCGGUUGUGCUGAUUAGUGAUUACCGUUAGUGUUACUAGUUUCUGAUUUUCACGGUUUAAAUUUAAAAAACUCGGAAAAUCAUCAGCCGGUUGUCAUUGUAAGAACGUUUGUUUGAUAGAAUUACACCUAAAUCAACACGUUUUAAGUUCACAAUGGAUCAAUCCGAUGAAGAUGAAAACCCUUACGAUUUUGUCUUACAAUAUAAAAAACUUCAAAUGGAAAGAAAAAAUAAAGUUACCUCUGCCGAUGAUGAACAUCAACCAAUCGUCAAUAGUACUUUAAAUUCACCGAUUAAAACUUCCUCUACACAGUCUGAAGCAUUGACUAAUUCAGAUGUAAAUAAUACUGUAGAUUCAACAGCAAGUACUUCAAGCCAUACUAAAGGUCGUAGUCGCCGACCAAAAGGAAGAAAUUGUGCAACUCAAGAUUCUACUAAUGUGGAUGGACCAAUAAUAUGCAUAGGAGAUUUUUAUGAUGGUUAUGAUAUGCCAUCGCCAAUAGUACCUAAGGAAAAAACAUCUAAUGAUAAAAUGAUGGAUGAUGCUAACAAUAUCAUGGAUAAUUGGAAAAAAAGACAAAUCGAAGAAGCUGAAACAGAAGAUGAUUUAGCUUUAGCAAAUCGUGUUAUGAAUGUUAAAGUCUUUUGGCGACAAAUGCGUACAUAUCGUUUUCCACUUAGAAUGUUUCAGCCAAUUUCGGGUAUUUUUGAAUAUUUUGCAAAAUUAGAAGACAUAGAUCCUUCACAUGUUCAUUUGGAUUUACACAAAAAGACUCUUUCACCAACAGAUACUCCAAAUUCAAUCAACUACAAGAUAAUUGAUUUCAUUGAUGGUGAUAUUGAAUUUUAUAAGAGCCCUUAUGAUACACCCGCUGAUGUUUCUGAAGUUGAAGUUGAAAAACCACAAGACGAUUUUGUAAAAUUUUGUAUUAAGCAAAAAGAUACAAAAAGGCCAAUUAUUAUGGAGAUUAAAAAAACUGACAAAAUGCUGAUUUUGUAUAUCAAACUAUCAGAGUUGUUAGAUUUAGAUAUAGACUCGUUUACAUUGGAGUUUGAUGGUGACCAAAUUAAAAAAUCUGAUACAAUGGAAAGCUUGGAUCUUGAAGGAGAUGAAUGUUUUGAACUCUUCCCAAAAAAAACAAAGAAAUAGAUUAAGUAUUCGGAAAAUAAAAUAUUUCUUCUACUAAAUAUUUUUUUAUUAUUUKAUAUUAUUUUCAAUGAUUACUAUAAUUAUAAAUUUUGCCUAAUUUGUUAAGUAAGGAUAGAAAUUUAUUCUUUAAUGUACUCUUUCUGUUAUUAUGUAAUAUUAAAGUAUCAAUGUAAUCGUCCAAUA